AUGGCUACUAUCGAUAAGCUCGAUAUUGGAGCUGCCAAUGCGGUCAGCACUUCUGGCGAUCAACCCAAGAGUCCUCUCGGUGAGGAAGAACGCGCCCGGUUGGAGCGUAGUCUGGGCCAUCGACCUGAUCGCCACGAGCUCGAGGAGAAGAACAUCCUAAAGCCCGGAAACUUGGCGCCUUCGCUUCAGGCGGCUCGCGACGAACUGCAAAAGUCGCAACUGGCCGAUAAGCUCGAAGGGCGUUUGGAACGACGACCCGAGCGCGACGAUCUGGUAUCGCGCGGUAUCCUCAAGGAUCAAUCGGUUGCGCCUUCGCUGCAGGCAAAGCGAGAUGAACUGCAAAAGCACCAGCUCACCGACAAGCUCGAAGGACGACUCGAGAGGAGACCAGAAAAGGACGACCUCGUCAACCGCGGCAUUCUCAAGGAUCAAUCCGUCGCGCCGGCUCUUCAGAGCAAGAAGGAGGAGCUGGAGAGAGCCCGACUGGGUGAUCAGCUGCAGAAGGAUCUCGAAUCCAGACCAGACGUUGAAGCGCUCCGACAAAAGGGCAUCCUCCCUCACCAAGAGGAGCUGUAG